AGCAGCGCGAUGGCGGCUGCGGCGGAGCGCACCGAUGAGCUGGUGCGGGAGUAUCUCCUCUUCCGCGGCUUCACCGGCACUUUGAAGCAGCUGGAUGCGGAGAUCAAGGCGGACAAAGAGAAGGGCUUCCGGGUGGAUAAGAUAGUGGACCAGCUUCUGCAGUUUGUUCAGAGCUAUGAUCUGGCAGCACUCCGGGAUUACUGGAGUUACCUCGACAGGCGCCUGUUCAGUCGAUUGGAGGAUGUGUAUCGGCCGACUGUGAACAAGCUGAAAAUCAGUUUAUACCGCUACUACCUCGUUCAUAGUGUGCAGACAAGCAGGAAUGAUAAGACGCAGGAAUUCUUUCUGAAGCAAGCCUCUGAGCUUCAGAACCAGGCUGAGUGGAAGGAUUGGUUUGUUCUGCCCUUCAUCCCAAACCCAGAUGCAAACCCGGCCUUUGCCACGUAUUUUUCCCGCCAGUGGGCAGACACUUUCAUCGUUUCUCUGCACAACUUCCUCAGCGUCUUAUUUCAGUGCAUGCCUGUACCAGUAAUCUUGAACUUUGAGGCUGAAUGUCAGAGAAGUAGUCUCCUACAAGAAGAAAAUGAAAUUCUGCGUCAAAAGCUCUUUGCCUUGCAGGCAGAACACUUCCGAAUGAAGAAAGAGGAGCAGCAGCAACAGGAGGAGGAGGAGGAGCUAAUUCUUCACCACAAGCUUCCUUCCUAUGUGGCCAACAUGGACCAUCUGGGGGACUCAGAGCUGGACAUGACCUGCAACCAAAGACACACUGCUCACUCUCUCCAGACCCGAGGUGGAUUCCUGUCUUCCUUGCUGUCUCAGAGUAAAAAGGGACCUUCGAGAGUGACACAGGCCCCAGGAACCACUUCUGGGCAGGCUGGCGUGGCACCCAUGGCCAAGAAGGAGCAGUCAAACCACCAGAGCGCCAAAGGGAAGGAGGUGGCAACUGCCUGCAAGGAAUCAAAAACUCACUUCGGUGGCCUGGUGGCAUCAGAGCCCAACUCGGUACAGCAGCGACAAAGGCGCCUGCAGGACCAUGGGAAGGAAAGGAAAGAGCUUUUAUCUAAAACAGUUUCCCAGGGGCAGACUGUUGAGAGGAAGACAGAGACCAGUACCACUGAAACCGAGCCAUCCCCUGAGCUGCAUGCUGAGCAAACAGAACCCCUGACCAGAGCUUUUGGGUCUAGCACAGACCCCGGAGGUAUCAAGCAGGAGCCGCCGUUCAUUGUCUUGAGCCAGGAAGAAUAUGGAGAACACCACUCAUCCAUCAUGCAUUGCCGGGUUGACUGCUCUGGUCGAAGGGUGGCCAGUUUGGAUGUGGAUGGAGUCAUCAAGGUGUGGUCUUUCAAUCCCAUCAUGCAGACAAAAGCUUCUUCCAUUUCCAAGUCUCCCCUGCUCUCCCUGGAAUGGGCAACCAAGCGGGACAGGCUGUUGUUGCUGGGUAGCGGAGUUGGGACUGUUCGUCUCUACGACACUGAAGCCAAGAAGAAUCUCUGUGAAAUCAACAUUGAUGAAGACAUGCCCAGGAUCCUCUCGCUUGCAUGUAGCCCGAGUGGUGCUUCUUUCGUCUGUUCUGCUGCAGCAUCUGGUGUCAACCAGCUAGAUUAUGCAGUUCUGGAUUCUGGAGGGAAAGGCAUGAAUCAAGUUCCUGGGAAACUUCUUUUGUGGGACACGAAAACCAUGAAGCAGCAGCUCCAGUUUUCCCUUGAACCUGAGCCCAUUGCUAUAAACUGCACAGCCUUCAACCACAAUGGGAAUCUACUGGUCACUGGAGCAGCAGAUGGCAUCAUCCGUCUCUUUGAUAUGCAGCAGCAUGAAUGUGCUAUGAGUUGGAAGGCCCAUGAUGGGGAAGUCUAUUCCGUUGAAUUCAGCUAUGACGAGAACGCUGUUUACAGUAUUGGCGAAGAUGGGAAGUUUAUUCAGUGGAAUAUUCACAAGAGCGGCUCCAAAGUCUCUGAAUCCGCCCUCCCCAGAGACGCCACGGGCCCCUUCGUGUUGUCUGGCUACAGCGGAUACAAGCAAGUCCAGUUCCCACGUGGGAGGCUCUUUGCGUUUGACUCGGAGGGAAACUACAUGCUGACCUCUUCUUCUACCGGGGGUGUCAUUUACAAGCUGAGUAGCCACGAGAAGGUGCUGGAAAGCUGCCUCUUCCUGGGAGGACACAGGGCCCCCGUGGUCACAGUGGACUGGUGCACAGCCAUGGACUGUGGGACCUGCCUGACGGCCUCCAUGGACGGGAAGAUCAAACUAACCACUUUACUUGCGCAGAAGUCUUAAAUGGAACGGUGCUGCUAAGGAAGCGCCAGUUGCGGACUGUUUUUUCCCCAAGGGAACGGGAAGGGUGAAGAUCAGUAUUAACUAUUUAGAUCAAGCUACUGUGGGGAGGAGAGAGUGUCUCAACCACUUGUCUUAAUGUUACCUUCUCCUCGGAUAGAAACUUUUUGAAGCUGAUGCCAAACCACUGCCAGUUAGGAGUUUCAGUUACAGCAGUUCCUCUAAAUUACGCUCUUAGCAGGCAUGCACUGAUCACCAAGCUCCUUCCAAGGAGGACCAGCCCCGGGUUGGUUGGUUUUUCCUGGGCCCCCAAUAGCACAUGGCCAUGAAUCUCCAGGAUUUGUGCCAAGGUGGGAGGUAGACUUGCAAUGGAUCCAGAAGAAGAAGGAAAAAACCCUGUGCGAAACCUAACAGUAUUCUGUGUCUGCUCCUGCAUUUCUUAGUAAAAGAAAAUGUCUGACUG